AUGGUGCCUCUUCCGCUCUUCAAGCUCGCCUCACUCUUUGUGCGGCAUGUGUCGAAAUAUGGAGCGAACCGGAUCAAAGCACAAGCCCACGAGCACCCCCGGUUUCGAGCCUUCGCAGCGAGGUACGGCCAGAUGAUACACCAGCUGAACAUGCGCAUGAACGUCGCAUUAUUGAGAAAUUCCGAAGCGGAGCUCAGAGCAAAGGAAAAGGCAGAGGCACCCACAGUCAAGACAAAGGAGCAGUUGGAGAAGGAAGAGCUACUCAAAGCCAAAUACGGCACGUCGGCAAAGGAGUCGCAUCCUGCGAAAAAAUAUACGGGAAUCAGUGUGUGGAAGAGGAAGUUCAAGCCCCUGCCUGAAGCCAAAGCUGUCGAUCUCUUUGCGGACGUUGUUGGCGAUGGCUUCAUUCUCUUCGUGGCCGCAAUCCUGAUCAUCUACGAGACGUGGCGGUCCUCGAGCAAGCCAGAUACAAACAAAGAGAAGAUCGAGGCCCUUACAGAGCGGUUCGAAGAAUUGCACAGGAAAGAGCAGGAGCGGGAGCGGGAGGAGAGAAGGCAGCAGAGCCGAAUCCUGCAGCUCGAGGAGGCACUGAGGAAUUAUAAGGAUCCCAAGACGAAGCAACCAUUACUACCUUCGCCCACACCAGCUUGA